ACAGCAUUUCUAUUUACAGCACAGAAGAAUGAGAUACGUGAAAUACAACCCGAGCGAGAGAUGUUGAUGAACAAAGCGAUCAUGGAGUAUAUGUUUGACUUGAAGUCGUCUUAUUGCUCAAAUAGCGUUUUUGAGUACGUUAGCGUUGGAAAACCAAAUCUUCACUGGAGCGACUGCCAAGCGACAGGCUGAGAAAACUCACAAAGAUUAAAUGUGAUUAUGGCACCUUUCAUCAUGUCCACACAUCAUCCAUUGCCGUAUCAGUGCGGUUUACCUCAGGAAGCUCUGAUCAUGCAAUCUAAGAUGAGUCCUGAGCUUUCUUCCAGUUCACCUGAAGUGAAUCUACCUCUUAGUCAAUAUUGCAGAACGUCCAUCAUGAAGAUCAGAGUGCGUCUGUGGCAGGUCAUCCGGAGGGUCGUGAACUUCUGUAUGAGUGUGACCGAGCUUUUCAGCUCCAAGAUGUUUUUCUUCAUCUGUGUGGGAAAAGACAUGACCAUGACCGGCGAGUUGAAGAAGAGCGCCGUGGAGGCCUUGGAGCAUCCGGGCUUUGGAUGCGAAAUCAAGGAUGAAGAUUCAGCGGUCAUUAUGGAGCUUGAUGACAAGGAGUCUGCUGAUGAGCAGGAGUUGUUUGUGAUCGAUUGGGAUGAAGAGGAAGAUGAUGCAGCUGGGUUCUCAGAAUGGGAGUCUGGUGAAGAAUCUGAGGAGGAGGAGGAAGAAGAUGAGGAGUGUGAGGAGGAUGAGGAUGAGGAUUCUGGAUGGUCUGAUGAGGAUGAUGAUGAAGGAGACUCUGAGGCAUCAGCAGAGAGUCUUGAGCUUUGGGAAUCCUUCCUCAACAGCAGUGACCCUUACAACCCUUUGAGCUUCUGCUCGUCCAUCAGCUCCAGAACAAACGCAAAGCAAAAUCAACAAAGUCCCUGCUCACAGAGCAAAACUCAGUCUGCGCCAGAUACAAGACUAGAAGAGUGUGAGCCAAGACCAAACUCAAAGGAGGGUGGAAAGAAGGUGUGUUUCAGCGAUAAGGUAACUGUACACCCCCUAGUGGCGUGGAGUUUUGCAAGCAGGGCAGCGCGGGACGGCUCUUGUUGGAUGCAGAUGGCCCGAGACCGAGGGCGUUUCAGAAGAAGAGUGGAGAGCAUUGAGACGCUCCUCAAGCCCUGCCUGACACCUGAACACAGAGCUGCUGUGUGGGAGAGACUUCAGAGAAAAACAUGCUCAUAAUACAUCAUCCUCCAGUUUAAUGUAUCAUCAUAAUGUAGCAGUUAAACUAGUGUAAUUUUUAGUUUUGAAAACUGAAUGUUUUUUUAUUUACUGUGCAGCUGAUAGUGUUAAAAUAGUGUGGUGCACUUUAUUUUUAUGUCUCUUGUCUUACUGAGAUUUCAUUUAAUGUUUGCACAUAUAUAAUUUUAUUGUACUACAAAACACUGUAAUUCUAAGACAUUGCAUAUUUUAUAUGGCAGCUGAAAAAUAUUAAACUUUUCUGACAUUUA